UUUUGUGCCUGGCAGUGCUGUGUGUGGCUUGGCUCUCUUUCGGCGCAGCUGUUCUCGCCGUGUCACUGUGUGUGUGUGUUUCAUAGGUAUCGUCGUGCCAGACGCACUCCGAGAGGGUUGAAUCGCUUGGAAUAUUCUGUGCCCCUUUGGCAUUUCCUGAGAGCGGACACCGUCCAUGUUUUCGUUUCGGUUUGUUGUGGCAUUUUUGUGUGUUUUUGUUGCCGGCUCGUUCACGUUUUGCGCUUCCGAGCAUUUUCAAGUGGAAAUCUAGUGGGGCUGGAACUGUAAUAGCCAGCGCGCCAAACAGCUGGUGUGCGCAGGCGACAAGAGUGUCGAAAACGACUUCGUCGUUCCAUUGCUGUUAUUAUUUUGGAUUUUCAAUGCACAGUCUGCACAUUCCGCACAGAAAACAACGCACACAAUGAACACUCGGGCCAGUUUUCGGUUCCCGACGCCAAAUGAUGGAAUCGAUAUCCUAAAGGCCAUCCAAAGCAAAACUCCAACUCCGGAGGUAAAGGAGAAGAAUGUGAAAAUAUGCCGUUUGGUCUGCCAACAUCCAUGCCUCUUCGAUCGUUCUAAUGCGGCGUACAGCAAGAAGUCGCACAUAAAUGCAGCCUGGAGAGAUAUAUCGAAUAGAAUGAACGAUUCGAUCAAUAGCUGCAAGGAGCGUUGGCGUAAUAUUCGUACCAGCUACGCCCGAUCCAUAAAAGAUGGAUUUAAUCAAACCAGAAAAUAUUACUUGGACGAGGAGGUCUCCUUUCUUAAGUCGCACAUCACACCGGGAGUUCCCAGACUUCCGCAGGGCCGACGCUCACGCGUCAAUAAUAAGGUGCACGGCCGUAGCGACAGCAACGAGUUCAUUUUCGACACAGAGCAUGCGCAAACGAAGUUGGAGCCCGACGACGAGGACACCGGAGAUGACGCGAGCACUGGCAACGACUGCAAGUACGAGAACGGGGUGGUGCCCGUGCCGUGGGCCUCCAUCAAUCCCGACGAUGCCUUCCUACAGGGUCUGCGGCCCGAAAUGGAACAGAUGAACUUCCGUAAAAAGCUCUACUUCAAGAGUCGUGUUUACGCCCUGCUCGGCGAGAUAUUUGAUACUCCAGAGGACACCUCAUUCUCCAACCACCAGUUGUCUGGCCGUUCCGAUGCCAACGCCAACGCCAACGGAGCCAUGUCGACUUCCUCAACCACAUCCGUGCAGCCUUCUCGUUCGACCAAGAAAGUCAAGCCAAAGAAGCGAAAAUCCUCAAAAGCUAUAUCUUAUUUAAAAACAACACUGAAAUAGUUCAAAUAAAUACGAUUACAAUAUGUA